AUGCGCGCCUAUGUCUCCAGUUCUGAAUAUAUUGACCCGCCAGUCUACGAUAACAUGUCGAUUGUUACGCAUUCGAAUCCCGAGGCAUUCCCGUCGGUGCUUCGUCAGAAGCGCCAGUUGGUGAGCAAUGCUUUGGACGAAAACGCCGCGAUGGCUACGGAACAGACUACAAUCAAGGAAAAGUGUCCGGGCUGUGGUAACGAGGAGAUGAAUUACCAUACACUCCAGCUGCGCAGUGCCGAUGAAGGCUCUACUGUAUUUUACGAUUGCCCCAGAUGCGGGUACAAAUUUAGCCAGAACAACUGA